AUGAAGGGACGAAGGGACCGUGGAACAACCACCAGGCAAGCACCCGCCAAGAUUGCUCCACUCAAGAUUGGAGACAUGAUCUUGACCGCCAACAACCGGUACCAACCAGUCUAUGCCUUUGCUCACAAUGAUGCCACCACUAAUACCAAAUUCCUCCAAAUCCACACAAGUUGCAACAACAAGAAACCAUUGGAAGUCACUGGUCAGCAUUUGGUCUAUGUGCAGGGCAAGGAUGCCCCUGUCAUAGCCAAAUCAAUCAAGGUUGGUGAUAAUUUCACCCGAGCUGAUGGACAUGGACAAGGAGGAGCAGCCAUUGUCACCAAGAUUGAGACUGUUGAGUGCCAGGGAAUCUAUGCUCCCCAGGGAAUCUAUGCUCCCCUGACUCAGAAUGGCACCCUUGUGGUGGAUGGCAUUGCGUCCUCUUGUUACAUUUCCCUCCAGCCCAAUGGCGAUCCCCAAAUGAUGGAACUAAACGGCUACUCUACGUUGCCCAUGAUGUCUCACCACAGUGUUGCUCACAUGCUCAUGACUCUGCCUCGUUUGGUUUGCAUGGGUGGGAUCAACCCCAAAUUGUGCCAGGAAUACAAUAACGACGGUGUGGCUCAUUUUGUGCAGAUGGCGUUUGAUUUGUCCGACUGGUUCCAUGCCCAGCAUUGGGUGGUUCAGUUGUUCCUUUUGGCUCUCUACUUGGUGGUCUUGUCCCCUCUAUGCCUUGGAGCUCUUGUUUGGUGCAAAGCUGGCUGCUGCUAUGGUGGUUGGUGGAUUGGUCUUUGUUGGUUCUGUCAGUGGAAAUAA